AUGUCUGAUCCAGAGCUCAUAAACGAGAGGCUUCAUCUCAAACCAAAAGAUAGAAUUGCCGUCAUUGCAACUGUGGGGGGAAUGAUCGGAGCAGCCCUGGGGCUAUAUGACGGCAUCAAGCUAACUUCUCUUCGAUACCUCACUGAAAAUGCCCAUAGAUUACCGAAAACAGUGGGUGGAUGGUACUUCUACCACAAGAAAAAGAACUAUGUGAUGAUCUUCGGUGGGUGCCGAGAGGCAGUGCGGACAGGAAUCAAGUACUCUGCAUUUGUGACAUCUUUUUUUGGCUUCGAAGCUGGGUUGGAUUAUGUGAGAGGAACUACUGACUUUCUCAAUACCACUGUCUCUGGACUAACGUUGACGUAUUUGUACGGGAGCUAUAUGAAAAUGAGCCGAGUGCAGAAAGCAAAAUUUGUAAAGAAGGGCACAGGGAUGGCUUGCGCUCUAGGUUUGAUGCAAGACUUCUUGAUUUAUAAGCGUGGUGGGCAGAAGUGGUACUACAACUGGAAAGACUUGGCCUUGUAA